AUGAGGACCGCGCUCUUGUCCUUUGGCGCAUUCGCCGGGUUCGCCGCGGCAAAUAUCGAUUUUACCUGGGUCCAACCGACCUGCGAUUUUAAUUCCGUUGGGAAACACCCUUGCCUGCGAGGCCAACAAUGCACCGAGAAGAAUAUUUGCGAAGCAAACAUCAGCAAUGAUGAUCUCUACCCCAGGUCAUUCCGACGCAAUGUCCCAGAGAAGAGGCAGACCAAGUACUCGACCGACGGGACUUGUGGGCCAAACAACGGAAAUACGCUCUGUGACCCCAACAGCACAGUUUACACUGGUUCCUGCUGCAGCUCUUAUGGAUGGUGUGGUAACACGCCUGCACAUUGCGGCACCGGUUGUAUAUCAGGAUGCAACACAGGCGCAGUGUCCUCCGCCUCCGCGGCUGCAACUCCCCCAGCUGCAUCCGGAACCGCUCCCCGGAGCGAUGGGAGGUGUGGAAAGGACUUCGCUGGAGCCACUUGCGACCCCAACGGCGCCUACGGUGGGUGCUGUAGUUCCUAUGGUUAUUGUGGAUCUACAGAAGGUCACUGCUUGCCCGCAAAUGGCUGCCAAAACGGCUGCAGCUCUCCAGCUGCCUCGUCGAGCGCAGGCCCCCAACCCACUUCGACUGCCCCACGUUCAGACGGCCGAUGCGGUAAAGAUUUUGCAGGCGCUACCUGUGAUCCUAAGGGCGCGUAUGGAGGUUGCUGCUCCUCUUACGGAUAUUGCGGAAGCACAGACACCCAUUGCUUGCCUGCAAAUGGAUGCCAGAAUGGCUGCAGCGGAGGAAGCUCAUCUAGCUCAGCACCGGCUCAACCAACUUCUUCCGGAACGAGACCACCUUCUAUAACUACAUCUGGUGAACCAGUCCUUGGCAAGCCUUCUAGCGUAAGCAGUGCAGUCGCAAGCCCUACGGGUAAGCCCACUACCGAUGGAAGCUGUGGGUCAAACUUUGGAGGAACCAUCUGUGGAAACUGGCCGCAGGGUUCCUGCUGUUCGAUGUACGGAUACUGUGGGAAUUCCACUUCCCACUGUGGGGAAGGGUGUCAAUCAGGGCCUUGUCUCGGCGCACCUGUUGUGCCUGCACCUGGCCCUAGCCCUGCUCCCGCUGCUGCGAAGCCUGGUUCCAUUGCCAUCGUUGGUCGUUCCGGUGUUCCCGCUAUGCACGCCGGUCUCAUGCCUAACGGUCGUGUGGUUUUCCUGGACAAGGUAGAGAACUACACUGAGCUUAAGCUUCCGAAUGGCCAGUAUGCCUACUCUUCCGAGUACGAUCCAGCUACGAACAAGGUCGUCCCUCUUUCUUACAAGACAAAUGCUUUCUGCUCUGGUGGUAUCUUCCUUGCUGACGGCCAGUUCGUUUCACUCGGUGGUAAUGCCCCAUUGGACUUCAUCGACCCAACUGUUGGUGACGGAUUCAAGGGUAUUCGUCUCCUCAAACGAUCUGACACUGACGCCUCCUUGAACGGCCAAGCCUGGAAUGAGCCUGGAGGCCAACUUUCGACUGCUCGGUGGUACCCAUCUGUUCAGAUCAUGCCUGAUGGCAAGCUCUUCGUUGCAUCCGGCUCCCUCAAUGGCCUCGACCCGUCAAAGCCCGAGAACAACAACCCGACCUAUGAGAUUCUGAACGCUGAUGGCACUCCUCAGGGCAAGAGUAUCACCAUGUCCAUUCUCUCCAAGAACCAGCCUUACUACAUGUAUCCAUUCAUGCAUCUCAUGAGGGACGGAAACGUUUUCGUCUUCGUCUCCAAGUCUUCUGAGGUCUUCAAUGUCGACACUGGCAGCACCGUUCGCACUUUUGCCGAUCUGCCCGGAGACUACCGCACUUACCCCAACACUGGUGGAUCCGUCCUCCUCCCCCUCUCCAGCGCAAGCAACUGGGAUCCUGAUGUCAUCAUCUGUGGUGGUGGUCCUUAUCAAGAUGUCACCGCCCCUACGGACGCCUCUUGUGGUCGCAUCCAACCCCUCUCCACCAACCCUGGUUGGGAAUUGGACAGCAUGCCCGAGGGACGAUGCAUGGUGGAAGGCACUCUCCUCCCAGAUGGCACAGUCAUCUGGCUGAACGGCGGCAACCACGGCGCUCAAGGCUUUGGCAUUGCCCGUGAUCCCACGAUGGAAGUCCUGAUCUAUGACCCUGUCCAGCCUCUUGGAAAGCGCUGGACCACCGGGCCUACCUCGACGAUUGCCCGCCUAUACCACAGCGUCGCUGUCCUUCUUUUGGACGGUACGUUGUUGAUCACGGGUUCCAACCCCGUUGAGCAGCCAAUCCUCACGCCCACAACAAAGGAUCCAUACGUCACCGAGUUCCGCGUCGAAAUCUACACGCCGCCAUAUCUCCAAGACAACCCCACCCGUCCUUCUAAUGUCGCGUUGUCCAGCAAAGCUCUUAAAGCCGAUGGAUCCACUUUCACCAUCAAAUUCAACUGCCCAUCAGGCUCCAAGGCAGUCAAAGUCUCUCUCUACUACGGUGGCUUUGUCACACAUUCUGUGCACAUGGGUCACCGGAUGGCAUUCCUGGACACGAAUGGCUUUGCAACUGGCAGCACGAACCAAACAAUCACCGUCACGAUGCCGCCCAACAAGAGCGUCGCUCCUCCCGGGCCGUACGUUGUGUACGUGCUUGUGGACGGCGUGCCUGCUAUUGGGCAGUUUGUGCAGGUCUCGUAA